GUGUGAGUUCACUGUAAUGUUCAGGAGGAGCCAGAGAGUGGUUACAAGGCUGAACAUACUGACAAUGUACUUGGCUGAGAUUUAGCCCAGGGAGGGGGACGAGCUGGAGGCUUCUCAUCACUGAAUCACUUAGUGGACAUAUAACUAACAGAAACUUUUUAUUUUAUCUUCUUAUGAGAAAGUGCAGGAGCUGGGCUAUUUUAUAUUGCCACAACCUGUCUCCCUAUAGUACCACUAGCCAUGUCACUGAACUUACAGCCGGGAUGCGCCACACUCUGGGUGCUGCUACUUAUUCUGCAAACAGCCGCUGCUCAGCAAGAAUGUUCCUCAAGUGGGCAUCAGAUUCUGCAGAAUUCAUACCGAAGUCUGGAUUUUGACUCCCUGAAGCUGCAGCAGUCAGCCAUCCAUGAUGUGAUCUGUGACCACUCCUUGUCUCCUGGAUGGUAUCGCUUCAUGAUCUUCGAUAAGCCGGCUGAGAUGCCAACCAAGUGCGUGGAGAUGAAUCACUGCGGAACACAAGCCCCUGUGUGGCUGUCAUUACGGGACUCUGAGACUCUGCCCCCACCUGGGGAGAUCCGACAUCUCACCGCCUGUGCGACUUGGCAGUUUUUCUUCAGUAGCACAAAAGAUUGCUGUCUCUUCCGCAUCCCUGUGUCAGUGAGAAACUGCGGGGAUUUCUUUGUAUACCUGUUGCAACCUACUCAGGGGUGCAUGGGCUACUGUGCAGAAGUUGUCCCUGAGCCUAAAUCAAAGUGUGAUGGAGGAGAAAUAGACACCAACAAUGAAUGUACAAGUAAAGUAAUCGCCAAACCUGUGCAGCCGGAACCUCCAAGUAAUCCAGAAAUUUCCAUUGAGAUAUCAGGAGACAGUGUACUUUUAAAAUGUGACUUCAAAGCUCCCAUUACAAACAGCACCAUGGGAUUUGUGAUAGGAUGGUCAAGACUCUCAGCAGAAGGUGCCAAAGAGGAACUGAGGCAAGAGGCUGCAGUGCAGACAUUUUCCAUUAUAGAACUGGAUGGAAUUAAUGUCAGACUUGGAGACCGAAUAUAUUGCAGUGUUUCAAGCUUUUUUCUGGAACAACCAGAUGUUCACAGCUCCCUAAUAGAAAGCGAGGAAUUUUUUACUGGCAUAAAGCUAUACCCCGAGUCUGUCACCAUAACGGAAGAUGGCAGGCAAUACCAGCUGACAGUAGAGAGCACAGUGCCAGUUCUGUGCUUAGGGGCCAUUCAGCUGCAGAGUGAAUGUAAAGUCACAUUGAAAUUCCACACUGUGAAUGAAGCUGAGGAAAAUCGUGACUCAGAUUUGGCUCUUUCUUCUUGUCAAGUGGACCUCCUACAAUCUCCGUGCCAAAACCAUUCCUGCAGCCAGACUUCUCUUUAUUACACAGCAGUUACAGAUUUCAUGGAGGAUGGGGAUAAACUCACAAACAUUGUUGUAGAUCCUAUUGUGAGCACUAACUUCCUAUGGAAUGGGUAUUCUCCGCAGAGUGUGCAGAUUACAGUAAAGGAUAUCCCGACUGCGUACUGCUAUUCCUUUACUGAUCCACAUGUAAUCACAUUUGAUGGAAGAUCAUAUGACAAUUUUAAUACAGGAACCUUUGUGCUGUACAAAAGCGCAUCUCGUGAUUUUGAAGUCCAUGUGCGCCAGUGGGACUGUGGGAGCCUUCAUCACCCAGCCUCGUGCAACUGUGGCUUUGUUGCUAAAGAAAGAGGUGACAUUGUUGCCUUUGAUAUGUGCAGCGGUCAGCUUCACGAGUCCCAGCCGCAUUUGUCAGUAAAGAGUCGAGAUAAAACAACGACUAAUUUUAAAAUUACAGAAUCUUAUCAUGGAAGGAAAUUAACAGUGGUUUUCUCCUCUGGAUCUUUUAUCCGAGCUGAUGUGAGUGACUGGGGAAUGAGUUUAACUCUCAGGGCACCAAGCUCAGAUUUUCAGAACACAUUGGGACUUUGUGGCACCUUUGAUGGAAAUGCAGACAAUGAUUUUCAUAACAGCAAAGGAGAUCAACUAGAAGGGAUUUCAAACAACCACCUUCAUUUUAUCAACCAGUGGAAAAUUUCCGCUGGAGGAAGUUUAUUUGAUAAAAUCCCACAAUUUUCCCAAUUGUCACAAAACACUCAGUAUUGCAACUGCAAUCCAGACAGAUUGGAUGCAUUUGAGUCUAACAAACUUCUAAAUCCUCAGACUGAUAUGUUUUCUUGCCAUGGAAAUGAUAACGUUCGAUUCCAUGCACUCAUACCAGGUUUGGAUAUCACAUCUGAAUACAUAAAUGCCCUUGAUACAAUCCGAGACGUAAGCAAGCGUUCUGUUGCUGAUAGCCUUGUCUACGGACCAUUACCUGCAGCAGUUGAACAGCAUGAAAAUAUCAGAACUGUUAGCAUUACUGAGCAAACUGAUGGAAGAAUAAAAAACACAAUCUCCACAAAAAAUAAUGGAGAUACAAAAACCCAAGGCAAUACAAAUCACAUCAAUAGAUUUAGUCCUGAAAAGAAAGCUGUUAAAAACAGAUUUAAGCGGCAAGAUUAUCAAUACAUUUCAACAUUUCCAUAUCAAAGCCUUAGCCAAACAGACUUGGAAGGUUUUAGCUACUUUUUUCCUGAAGACCACUCCACAGAUGUUCCUCAGAAAUUUUUGCCUUCUUGGCCAACACCGUCAGGCCUGAGUCAUUUGUAUGUUUCCGAAUUUUGCCAUCAAUCGGUUUUCAACUCAACCAUUGGAAAAAUAUGCAAUGAUUAUCUAAAGAAACAUAUCAAAGAUGUAGUUCAGAUGUGCAUUGUGGACGUACUGUUAAAGGAUGACCUGAGCUGGGCAGAGGCUGGAGUGGCCCUGCUGGAAAAUGAAUGUGAAAGAAAUGUUCUAGAAUUAGGACUUCACAGAGAAGAAUUCUUCAAACAACCCAUCAAUGAUAUUUUGGUAGCCCUGACAUGCCCUAAUCACUGCAGUGGUAAUGGACAAUGUAUGGACUGGGGAUGUGCUUGCUUCGAAGGUUUCAGUUCCUACGACUGUAGCAUUUUGGAAGAUCAGGUGCCUGAGAUUUUGGAACUUGAAAAUAAGGGAUUGUGUGACAUUCGAAAAUAUGCCUGCACUUCUGUAAGGGCAUUCGGUCUUGGCUUUAAAGAAACACCGACCCUGAAGUGUGAAUUUACUAAGCAGCAGUAUAGUGGUGGAAAGUGGAUUUUUGCAGAGCCAGUGCUAACAGAUGCUGCCUUCAGGAAUCCUAGAACUGUAGACUGUCAAUUGCCUGUAGAUGAGCAACAGUCUGAUGGCAUGGAGCCAGUGGAUGAUAAACCUAUAGCUAAAUGGCAAAUUAAGGUAUCUAAUGAUGGUUAUAUGUUUAGUAAUGCUAAAACAAUGACCUUAUAUGAUGGAGUAUGCCAGAAUUGUGAUGCGCUGUCAGAUGUGCUGUGUACAUUAAAGGAGAAAACAUGUAAUAUAGAUGGACUCUGCUACGGAGAGGGUGAUCCCAAUCCUACAAGCCCAUGCUUACUGUGCAGACCAGAUGUGUCAAAGCUAACAUGGUCUAUUGCUGAAAAUAACCAGCCUCCUGUGAUUGAUUCUUUCCCAGAUAAAUUACAAACUUUCUAUGGGGAAAACUUUGUGUAUCAAUUUGUGGGAGCAGAUCCAGAAGGUUCUGCCAUCCUUUUUACCUUUGAAUCUGGUCCUGAAAAUUCCAGCUUAUCCCCCGCAGGGUUGCUCAUAUGGAAAGUUACGUCGACGGUCACGCAGGAAUUUGUGUUUUCUCUAACAGAUGACUGCAAUGCUCAGACUCAAGUAAUUGUGGAGGUCAUAGUAAAACCCUGUGGCUGCAUUAAUGGCGGCUCAUGUGUAACCAACAUUAACUUUCCACCUGGACAAGGAGAAUAUCUGUGUCUUUGCCCAAAUGGGUUUGAGGGGGAUAACUGCCAAGUAAACAUAGAUGAAUGUAAGUCUAAUCCAUGCGGUCCUGGUAAAUGUACCGAUGAAGUGAACGGCUACCAUUGUGAAUGUCCUUUGGGGCUAAAAGGAAUAACAUGCCAAGAAGAUUUGGAUGAGUGUUUAUCCAGCCCUUGUUACUCUGGUGUAUUUUGCACAAAUACUUAUGGAUCAUAUGAAUGUGGGCAAUGCCCAGAUGGCUAUCAAGGAGAUGGAAAGAUAUGUACACAGAUAUUAUUGACAACACAGAUGCCUCUAAUGGUGUUAACGGAUAUCUUUACCAAAGAAGCUGGGAAAAAAGAACUUUACUUCCCUGGAGGUUCAGCAUUAAAGUCAGUAGGCCAGUCAAGUUUUGCUGUUCCAAGUCCAACAGUAUAUAGCAGGCAAACAGACAGCCGCUCCUUCCAAACAACUCGGAGUCUUUCAUCAAGCUUAACAACCAGUACCGCAAGAAGAACGACUAUUUCUAAGCUACUAAAUGGUCGAAGGACCACCUCCAACCUAUCUCGCUCAGCUUUGUUUGCCAGUCAUGCAAUAAAGCCAAGUUCCAGAGGGAACAGUACUAAUAUAUAUCCUACUGCACCAACAGUGACUAACAGCUCAAAGCAUCACUCUGUUACUUCAGGAAGCCCAGCAAAGAACAAGACUGAUGAAUGGCCAUUUACAAAACAUACAGAUAACUAUUUACCGACAUUGAAUGGAACAGAUCAGGCAGUUACCAUGGCGUCUGCGAAACGGACAUGUGCUGAUUCACCCUGUUAUCCUGGAGUUAUUUGUGAACCAACCAUCAGCGGAGGCUUUAAAUGUGGACGAUGUCCUUUUGGCUACUACGGAGAUGGUGUAACAUGCAAGGCAAUUUGCCGGCAUCCAUGUGGAAAGAAUAUGGUAUGCGCUGCUCCAAAUGUUUGCAGAUGUAGAAAUGGCUACUCUGGAUACAACUGCCAGACUGCUGUGUGUCGUCCUGACUGUAAGAAUCGUGGGAAAUGUGUGAGACCCAAUGUUUGUGUAUGCGCCCCAGGAUAUGGUGGAGAAACAUGUGAAGAAGCCUACUGUGACCAACCAUGUGAAAAUGGAGGGACCUGCCAGGCAAGAAAUGUCUGCACCUGCCCAUUUGGUUAUGUUGGACCCAGAUGUGAAACAAUGGUCUGUAAUCGGCACUGUGAAAAUGGUGGCGAGUGUGUCGCUCCAGAUGUGUGCAAGUGCAAACCUGGGUGGUACGGCCCAACAUGCAGCACAGCCAUGUGUCAUCCAGUUUGUCUUAAUGGCGGCACUUGCAUGAAAUCCAAUAUUUGUCUGUGUCCCAAAGGAUUCUAUGGUGCCCAGUGUCAGAAUGCGGUCUGUAGCCCUCCUUGCAAAAAUGGCGGCCAGUGCAUGAGAAAUAACAUUUGCACGUGCCCAGAUGGAUACACUGGAAUAAGAUGCCAGAAAAGUGUCUGCAAUCCAAUGUGCAUGAAUGGAGGGAAAUGUGUGGGGCCCAAUAUUUGUUCUUGCCCAUCAGGAUGGAAAGGGAAGCAAUGCAAUACACCUAUAUGCCUUGAAAAAUGUAAGAAUGGAGGUGAGUGUGUGGGACCCAAUACCUGCCACUGUCCAGCAGAGUGGGAAGGAAGCCAGUGCCAGACUGCUGUCUGCAACUACAAAUGUUUAUAUGGAGGCCGCUGUGUACUGCCCAAUGUAUGCUCAUGUCGCGCAGGAUACACUGGAACAACUUGUAACCAGAGAGUACAGGGGUUUCGUGGUUGAGAGAGGUUUCCUAGUGUGAAGGGGCUAGAAUCUAGGAAGCACGGAUGGACAAAAUAAAAAGAAUGGCAUGGAGAAGAAAAUAUUUUCCUAUAAAGCUCUAAGACUUUAAAAGAUAUGGCAGAAGACGGGCCAGAUGGAGCGGCGUUACAGAAACAUUUUGUCUCUGUAAUAAUAAAGCAGAACCUUGUACUUGAUCCUAAAGAUCAAAACAAUCCUAUUGGAUUUAAUUAAUGUUUAAAUUAUUUUUUUAGUAGGCUUAAGGAUAGGAAGAUCAAAAUUACAGAAAGCCCCGGUAUCCAGAAAACCCCAGAGCAUUCUGGAUGAUAGAUCCCACACCUGUACAAGAAUAUGAGUACCCACACACCUUGGCACCGAUAUAUAUAAUUUAUACUGUUUUUAGAUCCGGUGCUUUACACUGAAAUAUAAUGGUUCUGUUUAUAAUAAAAUACAAUAAAGAUUAUGUUUAUUUAAA